UAGUUAAAUUGCGCGCCGAGACACUUUCUCCACGUCACAGCCGGAAAAUCGAAGUCCGGUCGUCCGGACGACUAGCCGCAUUGUUGAAUCGAUUCCACGUGGGUAAUCCUUUUACGUUCGCGAGAACAUGUCCGAGCUCUUGGUCCUGUCCGUUGCUGAAAACAAGUUGAACGAACUAAAUAAAAGCAUCGUCGAGAUCAAGAAGAAAAUCCAACUGUCAGAGGGUCAGAGGAAAGCCAACUUUGAGGAGUACGAUACGAAGAAACACGAAAAUGCCGAGAAGAUCAUCGAUCUUAAGAGGAAAGUCAAGGAGCUUUACACGAAAUACGCGAAAGCGAAAAAUAAUGAAGAGGCGAUGGAGCGGGCGGCACUGCUGAGUCGCGACUCCAUAUCUUGCAAAAGGAAGCGCAAUCUGGAGGACGUCGUGGCCACGGCGAGCGAGAACAACGUGCAUCUGAGAAAGAAAUUGGAUCUAAUCAAGUAUCAACGUGAAAAGCACGAGGGGACCUUGAGCACUUUGCAGACGGAGAGCAAGGAACUGGCACGCAGCAGACGCGGGCGUUGCGUGUUUAAGAAGGCUGAAAACCCGAUGAAGAAGAAGAUCGAGAGCCUGGAGGUGCAGCUGGAGCACAUCCGAAUGAUGCAAAUCAAGGCGAACAUCGCGCGCAUGAAGUACCGCUCCGUCUGCUCCGAGCUGCGGGAGAAGUCGGUGUUCUACGCUUCCUCGCUGAAGGAUCUGGAGGACGGCAUCAGGCAGCAGGAGAUCGAGAUCAAGCGCUUACAGGGGGUGAAGGAGGAGGCCAUCGAAUUGAGAGACAGCACUCAGGAGAGCCUGGUGAAGGAGGAGGUCGAGGAGACGAAUUCCAGCAAAAGACGCGAUUCCGUCAUCAAGGAGUACAGGCAACGCGUGUCGGAGCGCAAGAUGGAACUGGAGCGGCUGGAGCGCAUGAUAUUCCACGCCAAACCGCGCGACGAUUUCGAGACACGUGGGAAGAGUCGCGUGCAGGCGCAAGAGGACAUGAUCAAGGACGAGCUGGCGCGGCUGGAGGAGGCGUUCGCCAAGCUGCGGAACGCCACUGGGGUGUCCAAGUCGGAGGAAGUUCUGAACCGGUUUCUGGGUCAGCAGGCGACCAAAGACAGUCUGCAGAAAAUGCGCACCGCCACCGAGCAGGAGAAGAUGGUGCUGGAGAGGAAGAGGCAGGAGCUCAGCGCCGAGAUAGAGACAAGGAAGUUCUCGGAGACAAAGAGCACCGAACAGAACGCUGAGGUUACGGCGAAACUAAAUUCUCAGAUCGACGAGCAGCGAGCGCGCAAGGAGAGAGCCGAGGCGGCGAAUCGACGAGUCGGCGAGCUGCUCAACGAAGUGACCGCUACGCUGCGCAAACUGUGCGAGAAGUUCCAGCAUGUUGCAGAUACUCCUCUGCCCGAGGACACCAAAAUGGACGAUCCUUUGGAAAUUAUCGAAUUUUUGAGCAAUAAAAUAAAACUCGGACUCGAUGUUCUGAACGUUUCUGAUCAAUAUCUCGAGGCUAUGGAUGAAGUAUUAUUGGACAAGAUGGAAACAAUGUCGGUCGCUACAACUUCGGCGGAAGGCAGAACAAUGCGUGCAAACGGCGGCCCAUUGUUUCCACGGUUUCCACCAUGCGCGACCCCGGCUGCUGCAUUGUCGGAAGACGAGGAAGAAGUGCCGUCCCGGAACGUAUUAAAGAGACAAGCGCAAUUGCUCGUCGAUACCAAAAGUCGCCGCAAAGGGUUCGCCUUCAAGAGAUAAAUUGCUUGGGUUCAAGAGCAAGGAAAAUCGUGUGUUGUAAAAUUCAGUUUUCGGCGUUAGUCCACCAGUCCAGUUAGUAAUAAAUAAAUACAUGUAACCGCGUCUAUACACAUCGUUCUGCAUUUUGUGUUGCGUCGUUAUUUCCCUAUUUUACUAUCAACGAAUUGAUAUUUUCGACAUAAUUACCUUAGCCAGCGACAUA